UCUCGCGUCUCGCGGCGCGACACAGGCAGACGCGGCCUGCAGAGCAGUCUCGAAGCCUGCUGUAAGGAGAAGAUGGCGGUCGCAGUGAGAACUUUGCAGGAGCAGCUAGAAAAGGCCAAAGAGAGCCUAAAGAAUGUGGAUGAGAAUAUUCGCAAGCUCACCGGGCGUGAUCCGAAUGACGUGAGGCCCAUCCAAGCCAGAUUGCUGGCCCUUUCUGGUCCUGGUGGAGGUAGAGGACGUGGUAGUUUAUUGCUGAGGCGUGGAUUCUCAGAUAGUGGAGGAGGACCCCCAGCCAAACAGAGAGACCUUGAAGGGGCAGUCAGUAGGCUGGGCGGGGAGCGGCGGACUCGGAGAGAAUCACGCCAAGAAAGCGACCCAGAGGAUGAUGAUGUUAAGAAGCCAGCUUUGCAGUCUUCAGUUGUAGCUACCUCCAAAGAGCGCACACGGAGAGACCUUAUCCAGGAUCAAAACAUGGAUGAAAAGGGAAAGCAAAGGAACCGACGAAUAUUUGGCUUGUUGAUGGGCACCCUUCAGAAAUUUAAACAAGAAUCCACUGUUGCUACCGAAAGGCAAAAGAGACGCCAGGAAAUUGAACAAAAACUUGAAGUGCAGGCAGAAGAAGAAAGAAAGCAGGUUGAAAAUGAGAGGAGAGAACUGUUUGAAGAGAGGCGUGCUAAACAGACAGAACUGCGGCUUUUGGAACAGAAGGUUGAGCUUGCGCAGCUGCAAGAAGAAUGGAAUGAGCAUAAUGCCAAGAUAAUUAAAUAUAUAAGAACUAAAACAAAGCCCCAUUUGUUCUAUAUUCCUGGAAGAAUGUGUCCAGCUACCCAAAAACUAAUAGAAGAGUCACAGAGAAAAAUGAAUGCUUUAUUUGAAGGUAGACGCAUCGAAUUUGCAGAACAAAUAAAUAAAAUGGAGGCUAGGCCUAGAAGACAAUCAAUGAAGGAAAAAGAGCAUCAAGUGGUGCGUAAUGAAGAACAGAAGUCGGAACAAGAAGAGGGUAAGGUGGCUCAGCGAGAGGAAGAGUUGGAGGAGACAGGUAAUCAGCACAAUGAUGUAGAAAUAGAGGAAGCAGGAGAGGAAGAGGAAAAGGAAAUAGGUAUAGUUCAUAGUGAUGCAGAGAAAGAACAGGAGGAGGAGGAACAAAAACAGGAAAUAGAAGUUAAGAUGGAGGAGGAAACUGAGGUAAGGGUAAGUGAGAAGCAGCAGGAUAGUCAGCCUGAAGAAGCUAUGGAUGUGCUAGAGAUGGUCGAGAGUGUCAAAAAUGUAAUUGCUGAGCAGGAAGUAAUGGAAAUCAAUCAAGUUGAAAGCGUAGAACCUUCAGAAAAUGAAAUUAGCAAAGAACUGGAGCCAGAAAUGGAAUUUGAAAUUGAGCCAGAUAAAGAAUGUAAAUCUCUUUCUCCUGCAAAAGAGAAUGCUAGUGCUCUAGAAAUGGAAAAUGAGCCUGAGGAAAAAGAAGAAAAAGAAUCUGAGCCCCAACCUGAGCCUGUGGCUCAGGCUCAGUCGCUGCCUCAGCCUCAGCUCCAGCCCCUAUCUCAGUCCCAAUCCCAGCCCCAGUCCCACCCCCAGUCCCAACCAGUACUCCAGCCCCAGCCUCUCUCUCAGCCUGAGACUUUGACGUUAGCUGUUUCACAGCCACCACCUCAGGUUAUUCAUGAGCAAGGGCAUUUACCACCUGAGAAGAAGGAGUUUCCUGUAGAAUCUGUAAAACUCACUGAGGUGACAGUAGAGCCAGUCUUGUCAGUACAUUCAGAGAGCAAGAACAAGACCAAAACUAGGAGCAGAAGUAGAGGUCGAGCUAGAAAUAAAACAAGCAAGAGCAGAAGUCGAAGCAGUAGCAGUAGUAGUUCUAGUAGCAGUUCAAGCAGUAGCAGCAGUGGAAGCAGUUCCAGUAGUGGCAGUAGCAGUAGUCGAAGUAGUUCCAGUAGUAGCUCCAGUACAAGUGGCAGCAGCAGUAGAGACAGUAGCAGCAGCACUACGAGUAGUAGUGAGAGUAGAAGUCGGAGUAGGGGUCGGGGACAUAACAGAGAUAGAAAGCACAGAAGGAGUGUGGAUCGAAAGCGAAGGGAUGCUUCAGGACUAGAAAGAAGUCAUAAAUCUUCAAAAGGAGGUAGUAGUAGAGAUACAAAAGGAUCAAAGGAUAAGAAUUCCCGGUCUGACAGAAAGAGGUCUAUAUCAGAGAGUAGUCGAUCAGGCAAAAGAUCUUCAAGAAGUGAAAGAGACCGAAAAUCAGACAGGAAAGACAAAAGGCGUUAAUGGAAGAAGCCAGGCUUUCUUAGCCUAUUCUUUGCAGCAGAAGAUUUCUUGAUGAGUAAAAGGAUUACCUUUCCUUGUAAGGAGAAUGCUGCCUUAAGAAUUGCAUGUUGUAAAAAUUUUUUUGGAAAAUACAGACUGUUUGUUUACCA